AUGCGCUCCGGGGAGGCUUCGCAUCGUCGGAGAGGGAGAAACUCCCUGGAGAGGCGGAGAGCCCGGCUACCCCCUUCCUGGGGGCGGGAAAUUUUGAUCUCGCUUCGAUUGGGGAAAUCGUGGCAAUCCAGAGAAAGCAAAUUCUCAAAAAUAUCCGCAAACGCCUCUUCCCCCUUCUGCGUGCACUGCCAAGCCUCCAGUCGCAGCAACGGCAGCCCCUGUGCACCGGCCCAGACUGGAAGUUCUUCGGCUUCGUCAGGUUCUUCGUCUUCCGCUUCUUCCUCUUCUUCCGCUUCUUCCUCUUCUUCGUCUUCUUCCGCUUCUUCCUCUUCUUCCUCUUCUUCUUCCCCUUCGUCUUCUUGUUCUGGUUGGACGCUCCUGGCAGAUGGACACGACCCCAACGUUGUUCCUUUUGUUCCUUGUUUUUCAAAGGCUCGUGGAGAUCUUGGUUUGUCGUCUUUUCUCUCCGUGGGAGACAAGGACGGGUGCGCGUCCGUGGAAGAUUUGAAGGCCCGCGGAAAAGUUUUCGCGACCGCCUGCGGAGUGGAGGCGGUCCUCGCUGGCGACGAACGUGAAGACUCUGACGAACGAUUCGAGCUUUGGUGCCGUCAAAAAACGUGCAGAAAAGAGUCGGGAGACCUCAAGGACAUGCUCGUGUGCUUUAGAUGCAGGCAGUCCCACCAUGCAAGCUGCUGCGAUCCGCCGUUGAACUACGAGAUGGUAACACGGUAUCCGUGGCACUGUGCUGAUUGCAAGUUGAACACGAAUGAAGAACAAAUGCUGAUUUGCGACGCUUGCGAUCGCGCCUUUCACAUGGACUGUAUGGACCCGCCCGUCCAGGAGGACUCGAACUCUUGCUUUGGAAGCACGCACCGGCUGUGUUUCGACUGCAAAGAGCGACACUGGCGUAUAAAGAGGAGUCGCCUGCAUCGCCUGGGAUCUCUCCACGUCGAGGCGUCCGGCAGUGAAGCCGCCAAGAAGUCGGGAGCGAAACUCUGUGAAGUGUGCAUCAAACCGCUGACUGCCGGCGAAGGGAAAACCCCCAAGACACGCUCGUUCACGCAGAAUGUGCGACGGCUGCCGACGAAGAGACUCCCGAGAAACAGACGUGUUGUAGAAUUUGCCAUCAGCUGUCGCUGGACUUUCACUGACAAGAGGCGACAGUUCAAGUCACCGCCAAAUGGUGUUUUGCAGUUUUCAAAUCCGGUGUCUGUACCUCCUAACUGGAGUCCAGCCGUUUUUUAA